AUGGCCUCUCCGUUUGUAGUAGUCCUAGCUGCGAUCUUAGGUAGACAACAUCUCCGUUUCGGAUUCAAAUACAAUAUCAGUUAGAGUUUCAGCGAUAGUCUCCACUGAGAUGACAAUGCAAAUGGUGGCGUACAAGGCCACCAAAACUCCGUGCUGUCUGGAUACCCUCAUGCCGAACGUGUGCAAGGCUCUUUACAACCGAGACCAUGAAAAAUUCACGAAACAGUGUAGAACUAACCCGGACUUUUCGUUCAUCCAGUGCUGUCACUCGUGUCACUUCAACAUUGACAUGUUCACAAGCGAUAGUAAGUUCUCUUUCUUUUUCUACUAUUCAUAUAAUAAAUCACUGAAUUUUCCAGCAAUCCCAGUCCCGGCGGAUUUGUACCAACACGACGUGGACGAGCUUUUGCUCCGUUAUCACCCCCAAAACUGUUUCGACCGUCAUGGAACUCAAUUCUGCGAGGCUUUUGUGACCAGAACAGGAAUGUGGGGACGACGAUCUAUGACUUGCCAGCAUUCGGCAUUCGCUUUCAGAGUUUGCAGAAAGACUUGCGGAUAUUGUACUUCGUAAGUGUUCGAAAAGUGUCAUACCCAUAGGAGUUGAUACAUUUUCAGGGUGAACAAGACGGCUACCGUCAGAUAUGACUCGUUGGUGGCGAAAAACCCGAAAUCUUGCGAACGACUCUUCUAA